UGUCAUGCAAAUAUAAUGUUUUCUACCCCUUUCCUAAUUUUUACAGCAGUUUUCUGGCAAAGUUCAAGAAAUUUUAUUUGUGUUUGCCUGAUCGAAAUGGAUUACUCUCGUUUCCUGACUACUGUGAGCAAAUCAAGGAGAACAAACCCUGCAAGAAUAACCAAUGAAAUCUCAAAGAAGAUGGCUUCCUUAAUCAUGCUUUCUGGGGGGAUGCCAAAUGCUGACUAUUUCCCAUUUAAAUCAGCAAGUAUCUCCCUUAUUGAUGGAACUACCAUUGAAAUUGGAGAAGAACUGAUGAAGAAAGCUCUUCAGUACAGUGCUGCAGAUGGAAUUCAUGAAUUAUUGGCUUGGUUGGAAGAACUGCAGAUGAAAAUUCAUAACCCACCAACAGCACAUUACACUCCUGAAAAAGGAAAAAUGAAGAUAUGCAUCACUACAGGAAGCCAGGAUGGACUUAGUAAAGUAUGGGGUAUCCAAAUAUCACUGUGUCUCUCUCUACUUUCUUUCCAUAACUGGCAAAAAAAGCAUUCUAACUUCUAGGUUUCUCUUUCCUUCUGUUAUAUAUCGUUAUUUGUUAUGAAGUACCUGCGCUUUCUUGGUUGGAUCCAAUGUGUCUCUUUGUAGGAGGCUGUAGUGGUGAUCACUGCUGGUGGAACCCAGUGAGAAGGGGUGUUCCUGCCAGCUCAUUUCUUCUUUCCCCUGCAGUUCCACACAUCAUCUUCACACUUAUCACCUAAAUAAAUCCCUCAAAGCAAUUUUUACCAUAGGCUCCUUUUUCUUCCCUGCAUGAAUCUCCUGUGAAUGGAGUUCUUCCCUCUUUCCACCAGUAAAAGCAAAGUCAGUUACCUCCAGUCUCCCAGUUAUAUAAUUCUAUUACCCAGGCUCCUAAAUACAUAUAAAUGGAAGCAAGUGCACUCACGGACAGUUUCUCCACCUGGAUAUAAAUUCCCUUCUUCUCUCCACAUCUCCCUACACCAGGGGUCGGCAACCUACGGCCCGCGGGCCGGAUCCGGCCCGCCGAGGCCUUUCUGCCGGCCCCCGCGCAGUCCUGCCGCCGAUUGCC